AUGAAAUUUUUACAAAUAUAUCACAAUUUAUCAGUUGAUAAAAGAUAUUUUUUAGUUAGUAACCUUAUUGAAUCAUUUAAAGAAUCAAAUUGUAAAAUUCAAUAUUUUACAUCAUCACCAUUUUCAUUGGAUCCAAGUUUUAGAGAAUCAAGUUUAAAUGUGGAUAGAUUAUUUACAAAUUUAAAGAAUAAACAAUUUUUAAGUUCAAAAAUUUCAUUAGGUGCAGAUUGGAAUCUAACAAGUCAUAAUGAAUUUCUUUUAGAUUUUAAAUCUUCAAAUUCAAUUACCAGUUGUUUCUUUAAGAGAAGUGAUAUUUUUGAACAUUUAAUUGAAUUUUUAGAUUCCAGUAGGUUAAAAUCAAUUUAUUCUUUAGAUCAUUCAUUUGAUGAAAAAAUAAAGAAAUAA